AUGAUUUCCCUCAAAUCAAUCCAACCCUUCACCCCAAACCACAUUCCUCCCACCUUACCCGAAAAAGAAGCCUUUCGAAAGAGAAAGCCCAUUAUCGUACUCUGCACCACAGCCAACAAAAGCUCGGGAAAUUCUGAUGACAAAACUCCGGGCGACACUCGAAAACAGGAGCUUCUUGCCCGUAUUGCAAUGCUCGAAGCUCAGAAGGUUCAACUCGCGGAUUAUUUAGACGAGCGGUCGGCUUACCUGACCCGGUUUGCCGAAGAGGCCAAUGCAGAAAUCGACCAAAUAGGAGAAAACGCGCUC